AUGGCCGAAGAAGAGGAUAUCGUCCGGACAGAGAAAGUUAUCCGGGUCCAGAGGGUGUUUAUAAACCUGCUGGACUCCUACAGCAGCGGAAACAUUGGGAAGUUUCUAUCGAACUGUGUGGUCGGGGCUUCCCUUGAAGAAAUGACAGAAGAAGAAGAAGAGGAUGAUGAGAGUAAGUCAGCUAUUCCAGAUGCCUCCUCAUCCAAACUGAAGGAGGGCACGUUCCAGAUCGUGGGCACGCUUUCCACAUCCGGAAAACCCUCGCCCGACUUUGCCCUGGAGACGUACUCCGACAUUUCUCGAGAAGAACUUCUCAUGCGCCUGCUGGAGUGCGAUGUCAUUAUUUACAACAUCACGGAGAGCCCGAAGCAAGCGGAGGAAGCCCUGUGGGCAGUGUCUGCACUGAAUGAGGAAGUCAACCACUUUGAGAAGCGAAAGGUGUUUAUUUUAGUUUCCACGGUGAUGACCUGGGCACGAUCCAAACCGCUGGACCCUGAAGAUUCUGAGGUUCCGUUUACUGAAGAGGAUUAUCGAAGGAGAAAGCACCAUCCUAAUUUUCUGGACCACAUAAAUGCUGAGAAAAUGGUUCUCAAAUUUGGAAAAAAUGUCAAAAAAUUCGCGACUUACGUAGUUGCUACCGGACUUCAGUAUGGAGCGGAAGGAGGCAUCUUACAUUUCUUUUUCAAGUUGGCUUGGCUGGGCGAGGUCCCUGCACUGCCUGUUUUUGGAGACGGAACCAAUGUAAUUCCGGCCAUUCACGUGCUCGAUCUCGCAGGGGUGAUCCAGAACGUGAUAGACCACGUGCCGAAGGUCCACUACCUGGUCGCCGUGGACGACUCUGUCCAGACCCUGGAGGACUUGGUCAAGUGCAUCAGUAGGAACACCGGCCCUGGGAAGGUCCAGAAAGUGCUCAAAGAGAACGCUUUCCUAUCCAAGGACCUAACACAAGACAGCAUCGACCACCUGCUGCUCAACCUGCGCAUGGAGGCGCUCUACGUGAAGGAGAACUUCAACAUCCGCUGGGUGUCCCAGACGGGCUUCGUGGAGAACAUCGGCAACGUCCUCAGAGAGUACAAGCAAAGCCGAGGGCUGCUGCCCAUCAAGGUUUGCAUCCUCGGCCCGCCCGCCGUGGGCAAGUCCAGCGUCGCGGAGGUGCUGGCCAAGUACUACAAGAUCCACCACAUCAAACUGAAGGACGUCAUCGCCGAGGCCAUAGCAAAGCUGGAGGCCAUCGUGGCCCCCAAGUUCGGAGGGGAAGGAGGGGAAGAAGACGAGGAGGAGGAGGAGGAAGAGGAGAACGUGGAGGACGCGCAGGAGCUGCUGGACGGCAUCAAGGAGAGCAUGGAGCAGAACGCAGGCCGACUGGAAGAUCAAUAUGUAAUUCGGUUUGUAAAAGAAAAGCUGAAAUCUAUGCCUUGCAGGAAUCAAGGUUACAUUUUGGAUGGAUUCCCCAAGACCUACGACCAAGCCAAAGACCUGUUCAACAAAGACGAGGAGGAGGAGGAGGAGGAAAUCAGAGGCAAAAUGUUACCCUUUGAUAAACUGAUCAUACCCGAAUUCGUCUGCGCGCUGGACGGCUCGGACGAGUUCCUGAAGCUGCGGGUGAUGAACCUGCCCGAGAGCGUGGUGGUGGGCACCCACUACAGCCAGGACCAGUUCCUCCGGUCGCUGAGCAACUUCCGCGACCUCAACACCGAGGACGAGACGGUCUUCAACUACUUCGAUGAGCUCGAGAUCCACCCCAUUCACAUUGAUGUAGGGAAGAUUGAAGACCCUCACAACAGACUCACUAUCAAACGGCUCAUCAAAGAGAUUGGGGAGCCUCGGAAUUAUGGUUUAACGGAUGAGGAAAAGGCCGAAGAGGAGCGCAAGGCUGCUGAGGAGCGCAUGGCCAGGGAGGCGAUGGUGGAAGCGGAGCGGGAGCACAAGGAAGCCGUGGAGAUGGCCGAGAAGAUUGCUCGCUGGGAGGAGUGGAAUAGACGGCUAGAAGAAGUGAAAAGGGAAGAAACCGAAUUACUCGAGGCUCAGUCUGCUCCCCUGAGAAACUACUUAAUGACCUACGUUAUGCCAACGCUCAUGCAGGGUCUGAACGAGUGUUGUAAGGUCAGACCAGAGGAUCCUGUGGAUUUUCUGGCAGAGUACCUCUUCAAGCACAAUCCCGCCACGCUGUGA